GAAAGACUUCUUUAGCAAGUUCGACGAGAGUGGUGAUGGCUCCAUCGAUGCGGAGGAGCUGAUGAAAGGUAUCACCUUCAUGUCGCUCGCCGGCAACCUCCGCACGUCCAUCUCGACACCACCGCCGGACCUCAAGGAAGUGGAGCAGCUCUUUCGGCUUAUCGACGCCGACGGGGAUGGAACGCUGGACUACAUGGAGUUGGAUAUCGUGAUGAAGACGGUGCAG